AUGUGGUCUCCCUCGCUCAGAGUGAUGAGGGACAUCGUAAGGCGCAGCAACCUGAUUAAGAGCGACUUCCUUCCUCCGUCGGGACACUGACAUGGAGUUGAUGGUUUAUAAAUGUGAGCGAAAUAGUUCCUCAAGCAAACAGGCCCAUAGACUGCUGGGACACGCAAGAACUUAGAGGAGCACAGCCGACGUUCAAACAUGAAUCAUGUCAUGGGGUUAUUUGUCCUCCUGCUGGCUUCGCUGCUGGAAGGAGUCGGCAGCGUUGCACCGAGUAGCGGAUACUGCAUUGAUAACCAGUGUUUCACUGUGUUCAGAGACCCGAGCGAUUUCAACACAGCGCGAGAACAAUGUAGAGACCAAGGUGGUCACUUAAUGACUGUGCGCUCAUCUGUAGCACACGAUGUACUUUCUGUUCUGCUGGGAAACUUUACGGGGAACUUCUGGAUCGGUUUACAUCUACCACUCGGCUGUCCAGACCCUGCUGCCAAGCUGAAGGGCUAUGAGUGGGUAACCAAAGACAGAGAAAGCGACUUUUCCAACUGGCUGUCAAGCUUUGACAGCAGCUGCUCUUCCUACCGCUGCGUCUCAGUUUCCCCAAUGGGUGACUUUAAAUGGAGCCAGAAAACAUGCUUGGAUCAAGCGGCUGGCUUUCUCUGUGAGCACGCCUUCAGUGACAUGUGCAAAAGUCUAGAAGAGUCACCAGGCGAGUCUGUCACUUACACGACUGCUCUUCAUUUCACGGGUUACGAUUUGCUGUCUGUGCCUCCUGGAACCACCGCUCUCCGUACGCCAUCCGAGACCAAAUAUCUGUGCUACGAAGAGAAAUGGCAGCCGGCGCCGUGGAAUUGCGAGAUACUCAAAGGCGGGUGUGAGUAUAAAUGCGCAGCGCCUCCCAGUAGCGCGCCUUCCUGCUACUGCCCACCUGGACAGACUAUUAAUCCCGUAAAUAAAGUGACCUGCGAAACGCACCACACGGGCGACCCGUGCCUGGCGCUGAGCUGCCAGCAUGCCUGUUACCAGAAUGGAGGCUCCUUUGCAUGCACGUGCGACCAAGGCUUUCAGUUGGCGGAGGACGGCAAGUCGUGCGUGGACUUCAAUGACUGCAGUGACCCGCGGCAGUGUCCCGGGGACAACUUUGAGUGUGUCAACAAACUCGGCGGGUUCGACUGCGUCUGCAAGAAUGGAUACGAGAUGCGCGGCGGCCUGUGCGUCGACAGGAACGAGUGCGCGUCUGGUCCGUGUGAGCACGAGUGCCAAAACACCCCUGGUAGCUACAGGUGCUUGUGUUAUUCUGGAUAUCAAAAUGACCCAUUGUCACCGAAUAAGUGUAAACUUUUCUGCGGGAAGGAGGAAUGCCCUGCGGAGUGCGACCCGAAUAAUAAGUUCCAGUGUUACUGUCCUGAGGGUUACAUAUCAGAGGAGAGGGGCGAAAGUACGGUCUGCAUAGACAUGGACGAGUGUACCGACUCCCUCUGUGAUGAGCAUUGUACAAACACUUUCGGGAGCUACAUGUGCUACUGCUCUCCAGGAUAUACGCUAGUUGACGAUUACAAGUGCGUAAAAAACGAGGAUGAUUACACAGAAGGCUCUGGAGUGACCACAAACAUCCCCACAAUAGAAUAUGUACCAUACCCAGGUCCUACCAGGCAGCCUUCGGGGGUGCCGCCGGGGGCUUUGGCGGCAAUAAUAAUUUUCACUGUGGUUUUUAUCGUGCUGGUGGUCUUUCUGGCUGAUCGCAUCCUCAACCGCAGGAGGAAGACGAGGAGCAGCGGUGCGCUCAAAGCUGCGGAGGGCGAAGGUCAAGGCUUACAUCCCGUGAACAGUGAAAGCUGAGCUUCGCAGAGACGGUUUAAGCGUGACAUGUGAAUGUGAAGUGACGGUUUUUGGAAGGUUGCAGUUUCCAAAAACUAUAAGAAAAAAAAAAUCAAGGAAUAUGAUCACCUCUCAGAAGGGAAGGUCACUACGAGUCCACAGUAGGACAGAAAAAUGAUACAAAUAGCACAGUUUUCUUCGAGUAAGGACAUUCCCUACGUUUCAUUUACUAUUCAAAGACAGAUGCCAUGUAAUGACAAAGGACUUUGCGGUUUUUGAAAUUCUAAGCUAUUAAUAAAUAAUAAAUAAAUAAA